GAAGACGCUCACACAUACACACAUGCACUGAGACAGAGGCUGACCAUAUCAUCUUUGAUUCUUCAAGCCUCCCACGAAGCUCACCCACUGCCAACUCUUCGUGAAGCUUACCUGGGCCCUCCUCAAGAGAUCCUUCUGCCUUUCGAGUGCUCAGAGACCGCGUCUCAUUCGUGCUAGUACUUCUCUAUCGUCAGCGCCGUGGAACCCAGAGUACUAGUAUCGUGCAAGUUCUCACGCCAGAAGAAGAUUCGAGACCUACUGGUUGUCGUGCCCUCGUUGUCCUCGCCGAUAUGGCUCUCAAGUUCGCUCCCUUUGGCUCUGAGAUUGAGCUUCCCUUCUACACAGCUUUGUCCCAGUUCAAGAUCGACCAUGACAAGCUCGAUGACUCGGCACGCUCUGUCCUUGGUCUCUACGAGCCUCGCCCAAAUGCUAGCCCUGAGGAGGGUUCCCGUAUGAGAGUUCUGGGGAAUGCGCUCACGAGUGUUGAUGUCCCUGCCAAUCACAUCCGAGCUGAGGGAAAGAUCAAGAAUGUCAACACCAUUGAAGACUUCAAAAACCUUGACAAGGCCGCUGUGCUUCAGACCGCAGCCAAACAGAUUUGGGAUGCUGUUAACGACGGCACCAUUUACUCAAUUCCCUCCUUGCUCUCCUCCUUCACCAUCAUAUCUUUUGCAAAUCUGAAGAAGUACACGUUUACGUACUGGUUUGCCUUUCCCGCACUGCAUUCCGACCCUACUUGGAAGUAUUCCGAAGGUCCACAACCAGCUCAGUUGACCGGAAAGGAAACCACUGCGUUGGUUGAUGAAGUUGGCACCUGGCGCUAUAGCACUGAUCCUCGUGAGCACGGCUUCUUCCUUGCCAAGAGAGUCCGUUCGCCCCCCCAAAAUGACGGGCGACCUUCUACUCCUACGCAAGGUGAUGAUUUGGGCUACAAAUGGGUUAUUGGAUCUCUCAGAGACUUUGAGAGUGGUUUCUUCAAUGGAAUUGAUCCUGCUGAUCAAUUUGUUUCGUUUGUUGACCCCUCCACUUAUCCCGAUAAUCCUGGCUGGAUGCUGCGGAACUUGUUGGUCUUGAUUAGACAACGAUACAAGCUUAAUAAGGUCCAGAUUCUCUGCUACAGAGAUGUCCAGUCCAGACGUCAUGAGGCUCGAAGCCGAGUUCUGCUUUUGGAGACAGAUGGAGAGGCAAAGGAGAUAACCGAGAUGCCAAAGGUGACUGGUUGGGAGCGCAAUAGCAUUGGAAAGCUGAGUCCAAAGGUGACACAUUUGGCUCAUUACAUGGAUCCACGUUCUCUGGCCGACCAAGCCGUCGAUCUGAAUUUGAAGCUGAUGAAGUGGCGAAUUGCUCCGGAUUUGGAUCUCGAGAAGAUCAAGGGAACUAAGUGUCUUCUCCUCGGUGCUGGAACCCUCGGGAGCUUUGUCGCUCGUGGACUGUUGGCUUGGGGAGUCCGAAAGAUCACUUUUGUGGAUAACGCUACGGUUUCCUUCUCAAACCCGGUUCGCCAGCCUUUGUUUGACUAUCAAGAUAGUGUUGAUGGAGCAAAGAAGGCGCAUCGAGCUGCCGAGUCUUUGAAGAAAAUCUACCCAGGAGUCAACAGCGCCGGCCAUGCCAUGUCUAUUCCUAUGCUUGGCCAUCCUAUCAUGGAUGAGGAGAACACGAAGAUGGAGUUUGAAAUUCUUCAAAAGCUUAUUGAGGAUCAUGAUGCGGUCUUCCUACUUAUGGAUACUCGCGAGUCCCGAUGGCUUCCAACAUUGAUGGGUAAGGCUGCUGGGAAGAUAGUUUUGAACGCUGCAUUGGGCUUCGAUACAUAUGUGGUUAUGAGACACGGCGCUAUUCCUACUGAUGGUGGGGCGGCAACUCUGGGCUGUUAUUUCUGCAAUGACGUCGUUGCUCCAAGUGAUUCUGUGAAAGACCAAACCCUCGAUCAGCAAUGCACGGUCACGCGUCCAGGUGUUGCUCCCACAGCUUCCGCACUCCUUGUUGAGCUUCUGGUCUCUAUUCUUCAGCAUCCUCUCGGCGCUCACGCCCCUGCACCCAAGGCAGCCGUAAGCCACAAUUCAUCCUCUACUGAUUACGAGCGUGAUCCUCCAAAUCACCCUCUUGGUCUUGUUCCCCACCAAAUCCGCGGUUUCCUUUCCAACUUCCAGAACAUGAUCAUCAGUGGCCAAUCAUAUGACUGUUGCUCCGCGUGUUCUCCUAAGAUAAUUGAAGCUUACCGAACCGGCGGCUGGGACUUUAUCAAGCGUGCUUUAACCGAGAAAGACUAUGUUACCGAACUCAGUGGACUUGCUGAGGUACAUCGGCAGGCCGAGGCUGCUGCUGAUAACCUCGACUGGGACAGUGAGCCAGGUAUGGAGGACGAAGAGGGUGAAGGAGAGUUGCUCUGACAUCUCUACCAUGAUUUCUUCUCACUUCAUUGUUUUUUGCUUCAAUGCUUCUUGCAAUGGUCCAGGUUUCCUUGCUUUAUUGCUUUCUGCCUUGAUGAUUUAUUUUUUCGAUGACAGUGCUUGUUUAAUGCCACUAUCCCAGGACACUGAACUAUCAUCACUUCCUUUGAUACCUGUAGCUCCGAUGCUUAGUGCUUCGGCGCUUCUUUUCCAUGAUUGUACGUUUGCAUGAUCUCAUGGUUUUCGGCUGGCGUUCAGGGCAUAUCGAGGAGUCCAGAGCAUCAGGAAGAAGUAUGGCCGGCGGCAUAUCUGCUCAUCAAGGAUGAAUUCGAUGGUAAUUCCACGGUAGUUUAGAACAAUAGGCCUUGAAUAUGAUUUUACGAUGAUUAUUGC